AUGACCCGUACGCGCCUUCUCUUCCAUCAUGACGCCAAGCUCUACCGCACGUUGACCAAAGUGGUCGCUGUCUGCCCCUUUACAGAGCUUGAGGAAAGCAACCGGACCCUCUUCAAGCAGGGGACAGAGCAGAACUAUGUCAUUAUCACCGAAGAAACCAUAUUUCACCCGCAGGGAGGCGGCCAGCCUUCGGAUACCGGACGCAUGACUGGAUCCGCCGGUGCUAAGUUCAACGUGGUCUCUGCGAAAAUGGACACCGUGAAUGACGGGCAGGUCCUGCAUUUCGGGCAAUUCGACGGAGAGAGCAGAUUUCUGAAAGGUGACAGCGUUGAGGCGGACAUUGAUGUCGAAAAGCGCCUUCUCUACUCACGACUACACACUGCCGGCCACGUCCUUGGCGCGGCCGUGAGACACCUGCUGGAGAAGGAGAUCGAGGGCUUUGACGAGCUCAAAGCCUCGCAUUUCCCGGACUCGGCGGCGUGCGAGUUCAAGGGCCUCAUAGAAGGAAAAUGGAAAGAGCCCAUUCAGGAGAGGCUGGACCGGUACAUCGCGGCUAAGAUGCCCGUGGAGAUCGACUGGUGGGAUGUCGACGACUUUAAGGCACACGACCUGGAGCGUUUGAUACCAGAUCAGAGCAUCGUGGCUCCUGGGGAGAAGUUCCGUGUGGUGAAUAUCGUCGGAGCAGAGGUGUAUCCCUGUGGAGGCACGCAUGUUGAUACAACUGAUCUUUGUGGCACCGUGACGGCGAAAAAGAUCAGCAGAAGCAAAGGAGUGUCAAGAGUGAGCUAUAAUGUGUCUUAA